UGUGCGUGGCCCCACCCCUGCUCUUGACAGGAAGGUGCCUCUGCUGUCCAAUGCGCGUUCGAUAUCCUUUUCAUUUCUCUUUUUGCUUUUUCUCCACCGAAACUCCAUCUUCUUUACAGUGUAAACUUACCAGUACGAGUUCUUGACCUCAAGGAACCGGAAAAAAAUUCGACGUCAUUGGGCUUGGCUAGAUCUUGUGCCUCUUUAGCCAACACUUACCACACGGAGCAGGCCUUACACGCGUGGAAAGCAAUUGCUGAACCAAGCGAGCUAGUUGAGGCCAGAAGGGAUCGGUACUAGUUUAUCGCUUUAGGGAUUUUCAUGGCUUCCACCAGCGUGCAAGGGAUAACCUCAUCUUCAUCUUAUCCUCCUCCACUAUAUAUGCAUGAUGUGUUCCUUAGUUUUAGAGGCAAAGACACCCGGAACAACUUUACUAGUCAUCUAUAUUCUAAUCUGGCACAGAGAGGCAUCGAUGUGUACAUGGAUGAUAGGGAGCUCGAGAGAGGAAAGACCAUCGAACCUGCUCUCUGGAAGGCCAUCGAAGAAUCAAGGUUUUCUGUCAUUAUAUUUUCAAGAGAUUACGCUUCUUCACCAUGGUGCUUGGAUGAACUUGUCAAGAUUGUUCAGUGCAUGAAAGAGAUGGGGCAAACUGUUCUGCCAGUUUUUUAUGAUGUGGAUCCCUCAGAGGUAACCGAGCGGAAACGGAAAUAUGAGGAAGCCUUCGGUGAGCAUGAACAAAAUUUCAAGGAAAACUUGGAGAAGGUCCGGAAAUGGAAAGAUUGUCUCUCUACGGUGGCCAAUCUAUCUGGCUGGGACGUCCGGAAUAGGAAUGAAUCGGAAUCAAUUAAAAUAAUUGCUGAAUACAUAUCGUACAAACUAAGCGUCACUCUGCCAACAAUUAGCAAAAAAUUAGUUGGAAUAGAUUCUCGUGUAGAGGUAUUAAAUGGCUAUAUAGGUGAAGAAGUAGGCAAAACAAUCUUCAUAGGGAUUUGCGGAAUGGGUGGCAUAGGUAAGACGACUGUUGCAAGGGUAGUAUAUGAUAGGAUUCGUUGGCAAUUUGAAGGCAGCUGCUUCUUAGCAAGUGUCAGAGAAGUUUUUGCUAGGGAAGAUGGACAACGUCGUUUGCAGGAACAACUUCUUUCUGAAAUCUUAAUGGAACGUGCUUCUGUAUGUGAUUCUUCUAGAGGGAUUGAGAUGAUAAAGCGGAGGUUACGACUUAAAAAGAUUCUUCUUAUCCUUGAUGAUGUAGAUGACAAAGAACAACUAGAAUUCUUGGCUGAGGACCCUGGAUGGUUUGGUCCAGGGAGCAGAAUUAUCAUAACAAGCAGAGAUACAAAUGUGUUAACCGGAAAUGAUGAUACUAAAAUUUAUGAGGCUGAAAAAUUGAAUGAUGAUGAUGCUCUCAUGUUGUUUAGCCAGAAAGCUUUCAAAAAAGACCAACCUGUUGAAGAUUUCUUGGAUCUAUCCAAGCAAGUUGUGGGUUAUGCUAAUGGCCUUCCGCUGGCUCUUGAAGUUAUAGGUUCGUUUUUGAAUGGAAGACUUGUCGAUCAAUGGAAAAGUGCGAUUAGUAGAAUGAAUGAGAUUCCUCACGGAAAAAUUAUUGAUGUGCUUCGCAUUAGUUUUGAUGGUCUCCAUGAAUCAGAUAAGAAAAUAUUUUUAGACAUUGCAUGUUUCCUGAUGGGGUUUAAAAUUGAUCGAAUAACAAGGAUACUUGAAAGCCGUGGAUUCCAUGCAGGUAUUGGAAUACCAGUUCUUAUUGAGAAAUCUCUUAUAAGUGUUUCUCGGGAUCAAGUCUGGAUGCAUAAUUUAUUACAGAUAAUGGGUAAGGAAAUUGUUCGUUGUGAAUCCCCUGAAGAGCCUGGAAGGCGCAGUAGAUUGUGGACAUACGAGGAUGUCUGCCUUGCACUGAUGGACAGCACAGGAAAAGAAAAAAUAGAAGCCAUUUUCCUGGACAUGCCUGGAAUAAAAGAAGCACAAUGGAACAUGAAAGCCUUCUCUAAAAUGAGCAAACUAAGAUUGCUCAAAAUCGACAGCGUGCAACUUUCUGAAGGACCUGAAGAUCUUUCCAAUAAGCUACGAUUUCUUGAAUGGCAUUCUUACCCUUCAAAAUCAUUGCCAGCUGGUUUACAGGUGGAUGAGCUAGUUGAACUUCACAUGGCUAACAGUAGCAUUGAGCAAUUAUGGUAUGGGUGUAAGAGUGCAGUUAAUUUGAAAAUCAUCAAUCUCAGCAACUCACUAAACCUGAUCAAGACUCCAGAUUUUACUGGAAUUCCGAAUCUCGAGAACCUAAUUCUUGAAGGUUGUACAAGUUUGUCUGAGGUCCAUCCAUCACUUGCACGUCACAAAAAGCUUCAACAUGUGAAUCUUGUGCAUUGCCAAAGUAUUAGGAUUCUCCCGAGCAACCUUGAAAUGGAAUCACUUAAAGUUUUCACUCUUGAUGGCUGCUCAAAACUUGAGAGGUUUCCAGAUAUAGUGGGAAACAUGAACUGUUUGAUGAAGCUUCGUUUGGACGGGACUGGUAUUGCUGAACUAUCUUCGUCAAUUCGUCUUUUGAUUGGCUUAGGUCUAUUGAGCAUGACCAACUGCAAGAACCUUGAAAGCAUUCCGAGUAGCAUAGGUUGCUUGAAAUCCCUUAAAAAACUUGAUCUGUCUUGCUGUUCUGCACUUAAAAAUAUACCAGAGAAUUUGGGAAAAGUUGAAAGUUUGGAGGAGUUUGAUGUAAGUGGAACUUCAAUAAGACAAUUGCCAGGAUCCGUUUUUCUUUUAAAGAAUCUUAAAGUGUUAUCUUUGGAUGGAUGCGAAGGAAUAGCUGUGCUGCCUUCUUUGUCUAGUCUGUGUUCUUUAGAAGUACUGGGUUUACGCGCUUGCAAUCUAGGAGAAGGGGAACUUCCUGAAGAUAUUGGCUACUUCUCUUCAUUGAGGUCUUUAGAUCUGAGCCAGAAUAACUUCGUUAGCCUGCCUAAAGCCAUAAAUCAGCUUUCUGAACUGGAAAUGCUUGUCUUGGAGGAUUGCACGAGGCUUGCAUCUUUGCCUGAGGUUCCAUCUAAAGUUCAAACAGUAAAUUUGAAUGGUUGUAUAAAUCUAAAAACAAUUCCAGAUCCGAUAAAUUUAAGCAGUUCCAAAAGAUCAGAGUUCCUUUGUCUUAACUGCUGGGAAUUGUACAAUCAUAAUGGCCAAGACAGCAUGGGCUGGACCAUGCUUCAAAGAUACCUUCAGGGUUUGUGGAAUCCAAGACCUGGAUUUGGUAUCGCUGUUCCAGGAAAUGAAAUUCCAGGCUGGUUUAACCAUCGAAGCAAGGGAUCUUCAAUUAGUGUGCAAGUGCCUAGUGGGAGCAUGGGGUUUGUUGCGUGUGUUGCAUUCAAUGCAAAUGAUGAAAGUCCUUCUCUUUUUUGUCAUUUCAAUGCCAAUGGAAGAGAGAAUUAUCCUUCGCCGAUGUGUAUUAAUUUUAAAGGCCGUCUCUUUUCAGAUCAUAUCUGGCUAUUCUAUCUAUCUUUUGAUUACCUUAAAGAGCUUCAAGAAUGGCGGCAAGAAUCCUUUAGCAACAUUGAGUUGUCGUUUCAUUCUUACGAGCAAGGAGUGAAGGUGAAGAAUUGUGGUGUCUGUUUGUUAUCUUCUCUAUAUAUGAAACCACAAACAUCUGCCCAUUUUAUUGUCACAAGCAAAGAAGCAGCUUCUUCAUAUAAAGAUUCUUUAGCUUUUUCUUCGUCGUACCAUGAAUGGAUGGCCUAUGUCUUCCCUGUCACCAGUGUCGCAGACGCUACUGAUGCUUUCACCUAUGGAUUCAUUAUGCCAGUCGAGAAGGAACCAGAGAAAGUAAUGGCAAUUAGAUCAAGACUCUUUGAGGCCAUUGAAGAAUCAGGGAUGUCAAUUAUUAUAUUUUCUAGAGAUUGUGCUUCUUUACCUUGGUGCUUUGACGAACUUGUCAAGAUUGUCGGAUACAUGGAUGAGAUGAGAUCGGACACUGUGUUUCCAGUUUCUUAUGAUGUCGAACAAUCAAAGAUGGAUGAUCAAACAGAGAGUUAUACAAUUGUCUUCGAUAAGAAUGAAGAAAAUCUCAGGGAAAACGAGGAGAAGGUACAAAGAUGGACGAAUAUUCUCAGUGAAGUUGAGAUUUCAUCUGGAUCAAAAAGGUAAUAAUUACUUAUUCAUCUGGAUCGAAAAGAUAAUAAUUACUUCGAAAAGUUGCUUUCAGAAGAACUGAAUGUCAACAAAUCUAUGAUCUUUCUAAAUGGAGUGGGAAAACACCGUGCAAGUUCACAGUGUGGUUACAGUU